AUGCUAUAUCGAAAGCUCUUAAUAUCAGCAUUCUUAAUUAUAGUAGUGUGGUUAUUAUUGGGGCGACAUAGGGGUAAUAGCUCAGUAUCUGACCACGAUAUUGACUUUGAUAUUCUAGAGAACGGCGGCACGGAUCCGGGCCUUGAGGUUUACAAGGUGACAAAGGAAGGUGUAGAAAAGCAUGAUCCGAAUUUUGGAGUUGGGAAGGGUACAAAUUCAGUUGAAAGUGAGCAGGAUGCAUUCAAUAAAGUCGUCGAUUAUUACGAUCUCAACGAUUACAAAGGAUCUGCAAAUGGAUUAGCCGAAAGAGACGUGGUAUUAUUUUUAAUGCCAUUAAGAAACGCCGAGCAUGUAUUACCUAUGGCGUUUUAUAAUCUAAUGAAUUUAACAUAUGAUCAUUCUUUGAUUGAUAUUGCAUUUUUGGUGUCCGAUUGUUCUCCGGAUGAUACCACUUUGGAGACAGUGUUCCAGUACUCGGUUGCUUUACAAAAUGGUACGUUGGUGGACAAGUUGCAAGCGGAGGAAGCAGAAGAGAGAGCAAAACUAGUAAAGGGUUCAUCCGAUUUAUACAAAUUAUACAUGGAUCCAGGCUAUAUGGCAAACGUCAAGCGAUCUUAUACAAAUCCUGCUGCUUCUCAUAAGGGUUAUAAGGACCCAUUCAGGUCUGUAUCGAUCUACAAAAAGGAUUUUGGCCAAGUUAUCGGUCAGGGAUUUAGUGAUAGACAUGCAGUGAAGGUCCAAGGGAUUCGUCGUAAACUUAUGGGGAGAGCAAGAAACUGGCUUACGUCUAACGCUUUAAAGCCCUAUCAUUCGUGGGUUUAUUGGAGAGAUGUUGAUAUUGAGACGUGCCCUGGUUCGAUCAUCCAAGACUUGAUGAAGCAUAAUUAUGAUGUUAUGGUGCCUAAUGUUUGGAGGCCGUUACCGAGUUUUCUUGGUAGUGAACAGGCUUAUGAUUUGAAUACUUGGGUUGAAUCUGAUACCGCAAUUGCUUUGGCCAAAUCUCUAGAUGAAGAUGAUGUCAUUGUUGAGGGUUAUGCUGAGUAUCCGACUUGGAGAUACCAUUUGGCUUAUGACAGAAAUCCUAAAGGCAAUCCGAACGAAGUUGUAGAUAUAGAUGGUGUUGGUGGUGUCUCCAUUCUCGCACGCGCUCAAAUAUUUCGCCAUGGAGUGCAUUUCCCAGCUUUCACUUUUCUAAAUCACGCCGAAACAGAGGCAUUUGGUAAGAUGGCCAAGUUGAUGGGAUACAGAGUAGGUGGACUACCUCACUACACAAUCUGGCAUAUUUAUGAGCCUAGCGAAGAUGAUUUGAUCGAAAUUGCAAAGAUGGAGAGGAAAAAGAGAAGAAGAAAAGGCGACAAAAACAAGUAA